CAGGAGCCAGAGUGUCCAGGGUUAGAACAGUCAUCUAUCUACUCGAACAUGACUCCGCAGUCCUGGUCAGGGAGGGACAACCCCAGUGACUGCCCACCGCCCGUGCCUCCCCGGCAGCGGUGCAGCGACCUCGUUUACAUGUCUGCACCCCCAGGGGAGAAGAAGGACGGAAACCAAAGUCUGGAGAAAGUGGACAUGUUUCGACCAGCAGCCCCUCACACCAAGAGCACCUCGAUUGACUGGGACUCCCAGCUUCAGGACGAACCUCUGUACCAGACCUACAGGGACAUGGUCAUCACAGAGGAGAUCAAGCGCCAGACAGUUUGUCGCCUGGGCAGGUGUGCAGAUGAUCCCAUUGCGUGGCGGACAGGGGAGAAGGGAGGCGUCGGCGGGACGUUGUGGCAGGAGCUACCGGCAGUGAGACACAGUGGGGUCCUGGAGCAGCUCAGCCCUGCAGAGUGCAAACGCCAGGAGAGCAUGUUCGAGGUGCUGACUUCAGAGGCCUCGUACCUGCGUUCUCUGCGUGUCCUCACGGAACACUUCAUGGAGUCGCGGGACCUAGACGAGACGCUCAUCAUCCGCGACAAGAAGACGCUGUUCUCCAAUAUCCUCCGUGUGCGGGAGGUCAGUGAGAGGUUCCUGAAGGACCUGGAGAACCGCGUGGAAGAGGGACCCGUGAUCUCAGACAUCUGCGACAUCAUCUGCCACCAUGCCGAGCACAGCUUCCGCAUCUACAUUGACUACGUGCGCAACCAGACGUACCAGGAGAAGAUAUACAGCACCCUCAUGCAGAGGAACACAGAGUUUGCUACGGUGAUCUCGCGGCUGCAGGACUCCCCGCGGUGCCAGCGUCUGCCCUUCGUCUCCUUCUUGCUGCUGCCCUUCCAGAGAAUUACUCGCAUCAAGAUGCUGACCGAGAACAUCCUGAAGAGAACCCAGGAAGGAUCGAAGCAAGAGCGGACGGCCUCGGAAGCGCUGGCAGCCGUGUCUAAAAUUGUUAAAGACUGCAACACGCAGGUGGGGAAGAUGAAGCAGAUGGAGGAGCUCAUUCACAUGGCCAAGAUGUUGGACUUCAAGAAGCUCAGAGCUGUAGCGGUCAUCUCCCAGAACCGAUACCUGGAGAAGAGGGGGGAGCUGCAGGACCUGGCCAGAGGGAGCGCCAUGUUCACCUUUCGCUCAAAGAACACAAACAUUUACCUGCUGCUCUUCAACGACCUCCUGAUCCUGACCACCAAGAGCAACAGCCCUGACCGCUACGUCGUGAUCGACCACGCUCACAGGUCACUGGUCCAGGUGCAGUCCGUCGCAAAAGAAAGCCAGGUGUUGAAGAAAUGUUUUUUCCUCAUCAUGCUGGAAAACCACGAGGGCCGGAUGACCAAGCGCCUGCUGAAGGCCCCCACGGAAUCCGACAAGCACAGAUGGAUGGCGGCUUUCCCCAACCCGACCACGCCGAAGGACGAUCUAGAGGAGGUGGUGUACGAGGACUGGGACUGCCCACAGGUGCAGUGUGUGCAGCAGUAUGUUGCUCAGCAGACAGAUGAGCUGAAUCUGGAGCCAACGGACAUCAUAAAUAUUGUGCGCAAGACCAACGAGGGGUGGUACGAAGGUGUGAGGCUCUCAAGCGGAGAGGCGGGUUGGUUCCCAGCUGCCAACGUUGUGGAAAUCACCAAUGAGCACGUGAGGCGCCGCAACUUGCGGGAGCAGUACAGGAUCGCCCAGGCCACAGCUCACCUGGAGAAUACCAGAGCUGGGAGCAGAUGUUAGGAGUACACACUCCUUCCUGGACCUACAGUAAUUACCUCUAGCUAGUAGUUACCAGAUAGCCAUGAAUUAUUGAAAUAACGACUUUCCAGCACACUAAUCCCCCUUAUUGCCUGUUACUGGUCUUACUAUUCCUGAAAAUGGACUGAAUUUAAGCAGAUGACAAAACUUAUUUGUUUCAAGCCUAUCUUGAAGUUUCUACACAGUGUGUAACAUGACAGGGGAAACAGUAACAUUGCAUUGUUUGUGACUGUAAGGCUUUUUUUUUUUUUUU